AUGCCCGAGACGCUGCUGUCUAUUCUUUGCAGCGAGCCCUGGCGCUGGGACGCGUUUGCUUCCAGCGAAAUCGUCUUUCACCCAGACGGUACCGGAAAGCUUACAUGCCGCGCGGAGCUCAACGUCUGGAUCGCGGCCGAGACGGAGUGGAAGGCACGCGACGCCGCGUCUCUGCAGCAGCAGGUGAGCCUGGGCAGGGACGGCGACGACGACGCUUCCUCCCUGGCCGCCGGUCCGGUGGAAAUCGAGCUGACGCUGACCAAACGCCGCCUGCGUUCCGCCCCCCAUCCGGACCGCGCCGCCAUCAACGAGGACGUGCUCGAAGAGGCCGCCUUUCGGCCCAAGACGUACACGCUGCGCCUGGACCGCGGCGCGUUCCACGCCCAGUCGCACGUGCCGGAACGGGGACAGCCGCCGCAGCACACGCCCCGGUUCCGGCUGCGUCUGACCCUGGAUCCCUCGCCGUACCCCCCGCGGCAGGAAUGGGCGCGGCCGGAGCGCGCGCCGGACGCCAUGAGGUUCUGGGAGUGGACGCAGUUUUGUAGCAGGCGGAUCGGCUACUAUUAG